GGGAAGGUCACGGGUUCUUCCAACAUGGCGGCGGCGGCGCUGCGGAGUGGCUGGUGCCGCUGUCCGCGGAGAUGUCUGGGCAAUGGAGUCCAGUUUCUCUCCAAUCACAACCCACCCAGUGGUUCGAGCUACCAGAUACGCUGGCCAGACGGAGAGCUGCUACUGACCAGAUCCUAUUCCUCUGGGAACAGAAAAGGGUUCUUGUCUGGCUUGCUAGAUAACAUCAAACAAGAACUAGCCAAAAACAAAGAGAUGAAAGAAAGUAUAAAGAAGUUCCGAGAUGAAGCCAAGAAAUUGGAAGAGUCAGAUGCCCUCCAGGAGGCCAGGAGGAAAUACAAAACCAUUGAGUCGGAGACUGUGCGUACCAGCGAGGCGAUAAAGAAGAAGCUGGGAGAGUUAACGGGGACGGUGAAGGAGAGUCUUGAUGAAGUCAGUAAGAGUGACCUGGGCCGGAAGAUCAAGGAAGGGGUAGAGGAGGCUGCCAGGACAGCCAAGCAGUCGGCAGAGUCGGUGUCCAAGGGUGGGGAGAAGCUGGGCAAGACUGCAGCCUUCAAAGCCAUCUCUCAGGGUGUAGAAUCAGUGAAGAAGGAGAUCGAUGAGAGUGUACUUGGACAGACGGGGCCCUACCGCCGGCCUGAGAGGCUCCGAAAAAGGACGGAGUUUGUGGGAGAGAAGUUGAAAGAAAGCAAAGUGUUCGAGCCCAAUGAGGAAGCCCUUGGGGUCGUGCUGCAUAAGGAUUCCAAAUGGUACCAGCAGUGGAAGGACUUCAAAGACAACAACGUGGUAUUCAACCGGUUCUUUGAAAUGAAGAUGAAGUAUGAUGAGAGCGACAACGUGCUCAUCCGGGCAUCCCGGGCCUUGACAGAUAAGGUCACUGACUUGCUGGGGGGCCUGUUCUCCAAGACAGAAAUGUCAGAGGUGCUCACGGAGAUCCUUAAGGUAGACCCAACCUUCGACAAGGACCGCUUUCUGCGGCAGUGCGAGAAUGACAUCAUCCCCAAUAUCCUAGAGGCCAUGAUUUCUGGAGAGCUUGACAUUCUGAAAGACUGGUGCUAUGAAGCUACCUACAGCCAACUGGCCCACCCCAUUCAGCAGGGCAAGGCCCUGGGCCUCCAGUUCCACUCCCACAUCCUGGAUGUCAGCAACGUGGACCUGGCCAUGGGCAAGAUGAUGGAGCAGGGCCCAGUGCUGAUCAUCACCUUCCAGGCACAGUUGGUAAUGGUCAUCAAAAACCCCAAAGGCGAGGUGGUUGAGGGUGACCCGGACAAGGUGCUGCGUAUGCUAUAUGUGUGGGCACUCUGCAGAGACCAGGACGAGCUCAAUCCCUAUGCUGCCUGGCGUCUUCUGGACAUCUCAGCCUCUAGCACAGAGCAGAUCCUCUGAGGGCAUCAGUGGAGAUGAAGGAGCUCCAGGGCUGGACCACUGUGAUGUGAACACAGAGGCACCUGGCACCCCUGACACCAGACUCUGGCUUCUGCUCUGUGCUUUUAGGGCAGCUGUGAAACAGCUGGAUGAGGAAAGCGCUGCAGAGUGCUGAGGGUGCCUAGCAGGGAGAUGCUCCCAGAGUGCCAAGAGGGGCUGCUGGCAGCCAGUCACCGUGGGCAUGCCAGUUACACUGUGCCAAGAGGUCCCCAGCCCAGGGACUCUCUGGUAGGCAGGAGGGUGAGGCCCCACCUGCUGCUCCAGUGGUUCACUGGCCAUGCCAGCUGUGCCACUUUAGGUCCUUAUUUUUUCUUUCUUUCUUUCUUUUUUUUUUUUUUUUUAAAUCAUUGCUCUUACUUCCUGUACAUAAGGCUGAGAUUUGGACAUAAUAAAACAACCAAAGUGCAAAACACCA